AUGUUUGUGUACAUGUCAUUAAAAGAAAAAAAAAUUGCGGCAGCCAUGGGUAAACAAAUUGAUGAGUCGAGCAUAACAAGCAUAGUGCUAGAAAAUGAGAGCUUUAGGAUCAGCGCAGAGACAUUCAGAGACAUACUGCUGAGAGUAAAAAGGAAAAGAGAAAUAGAGGAGAGCGAGACGUCCGAGCUGAUCAAAUGCAUCAUUACCAACGCAGAGGACUGGAAGAUAAAUGAAAUAAUGGUGGUGCUGAAGGAGAAUCUCACAAACAUAAAUUGGAUCAAGGUUUUUGAGCUGUUUGAUGACAAGAAAUUUACCAUUGAUAGCUUGCGCUCGUUCAAUAGAAUAUUGGAAUGCUGGAAAUGCAUUAAUGGUGAGAAUACGUUUCCUUACAGAAUAUUCUUCAAGGUGUGGAACAACAAAGAAACACAGGAAGAAUUUUUGAACUAUUUUAUUGAAAGUAGAGAGGAGAACCUCAGGGUUUACAACAAUGUUUUUCUCACACGGAUAAUCACGCCUGAGGACCUGAAGAGGGACAAAGUGAAAGAUGAUAUCAAUCUUGAAAGCCACUUCAACUGCCUCGAGUUCUUUAAGAUUCUGAAGGAUCUUAACCAGGAAGAGAUGAUCAAGAGAAUCUGCAUGAUAUCAAAUGAUUGGGUGUUUCUUGGGUUGUCGUCUGUGUUCCCGUUUUGCUCUAAAGUCUUUGACGAUCUCUUCAUCCAAUUUUUGAAGAAAGAGCGGGUUCUUUUUCUGAGCGUUAUAUUUCGCAACAGCCCGGCUCUCCUCAUCAGAAAGCUUGCUGAGGCAAGAGACAAGGGCUUCUCGCUCAAUAAGCUGCUGGAUAUAAUUCUGGAGCUGAAGAUACUGCCCGCAAUAUUGGAAAUAAUGAAUCCAUCGUUCUUUUGCUACGAAAUUUUGAUACUCAGCUCGAGAAGAGAUCAUUUAAAUCUGUCUAUAUGGAUAACCAACGCUUUUAAGCUCAAAAAGGAUGUUUUUGCAAGUUCUCUGAUAGGCUAUAUUAUUGAGAAGUUUACUCGUGCGGAACAGCAACUGAAAAACGGCAUAAAAUUGGACGAAGAUGCAACGGCAGAGAAGACCCUGUAUCCUCUUACCUUUGAGAUUGCGCUUAACAUCUUGCAAACGCUGGAAAUGUUAUCCAAUUCAUUCAACAGAGAUGUACUUCAGAGUUUCAAUCGGUUAAAGAUGGUUUUACCCUUAGAGCUGAAAAAUAUAACGGAGAAGAAACUGUCUUUGGAGCAACAAAGUAAUGAUUUUAUCACUUCUGUGGUAAGUGGAACACGCACAGUAGAUCAGGCAACAGAAAUAAUACAGAACCUGGUGAAUGGGAACCUGAACGAAAGAGAGCUCGCAAUGAAAAUAUUUAGUACCAUGCUGGAUAACUACCACAACUUCCACAGGAUUAGCUCCUCAAAAACACUAGCGUUCUUAUUCGGCAGGUUGAUCGAAAAGCGGCUCUUCCCCAAGUUUUACAUGCAAAAGGCACUUAGAAUAAUCGCCAACCUUCUGAAGAAUGUGUCGUCCAAAGAGUUCAGGUUUGCACUACACACCUUGUCUAUGUUCUGUGAUGGCCAGCGAAAAGGUGAAUUCGAUGCUUUUUUCGAGGAAAUUUCCAAAAUAGACAAGGUUAAGGAAUUUUUGUUGGAAAGAAAGAAGAACUAUGUGUUGGAGGAUGAUGCCAUCGAUGAAAUAGGAUAUGAUAAUUUUAUGGAUCUUUUCUUUACACCACUAAACGGCGACAUCAUUGUCAAGCUGUAUAUGGAACUCAAAGAGGAUCAGAUCGAGAAUGUUUUUUUGAAGACUUUGAAGUACCUGAUGAGCGACAAUAUUCUGAACGAACGGGGAAUCGAUCUUGAUGAGAUUAUAAUAAAGACACGGGAAGUGGAGAGUGGCUGCAUCAAAAAUAUCGAUAUUAUGAUCGAAAACGAUAUCAAAAAUGAGGAACAUAUCACCAAGCGAAUAAAUUUCUUCGACAACAAUAGCAGCAUGUGCUCGAUGAACGACAAUCCUCAGCGUGUCAAUCAGGUCUACCAGAGCUACCUCGAGCAGGUGAACUUUUCCAUGGAUAACACCAAUUUGCAACACUUCCUGCGCUACUUUUUUGAGAAAAAGAUAUUUGAAACCAACAACCACUUCCUUUUGUUGAAAUAUUUUGAUUAUUUUGGAGAGGAUUUUUACCACCUUUUCUGCGGCUUGGUAUUUGAAAUGUUUCGGUACCUCAACAAGUACAGAAUUGAUAACGAGAUGCGGUUCGCCAAGUCUCUUGGUCAAUUUUUUGGAAAGUUUACCAUAGGAAUGAACCGUUUGUAUGCGUUGGAUGUGUUCAACAUGAAAGAGUAUAUAAUUGGCUGUGUAGAACGCAAACGAAUAUUCUUCUGUGUGAUUUUCAUGGUCUAUUUCAUUAGGCAAGGAAAGUUUGGUCUGGUCUUCAAACCAAGGAAUCCGUACAUAAUGAACUUGAUUUACCUGCUCAACGAGAUCUGUGAAUAUUCGAAGGAUCAGCUCAAAGAAGAGAUUGAGAGUCUGUUUGCCGAGCUGAAGUUAACACACAUAAAACAGACGAGCAUGCUUGUGAAUCAUGUUAGCAUGGACAAUACGACGGUAGUGUUUCUUGACAGCUACAACCUAGGUCAUUUCGAUAAGGUCCAUUCAAAGGUGGUUUCUAUGGGAAUAGAUUUCAGUAUCAGAGAAGUUACGUUUCCGCUGAUGGAGCGGAUCAUGAACAUCUCGUUGAAAACGAUGAAUUUCUUGUUCAGAAGAAGGAAGGAUAAGAAAGAUGAGUAUGUAUACGAGUAUAAAAGGAAUUUUAUGAUCAACCUGAUAGGCAAUUUGACGGUAGUUUGUUCGUUGGAACCGAUGUGUGCGGCAAUCAUUGGAAAUGUGCCAUACUUUCUCAAGAUGGCUGGUUUGGAGGUAGAAAACGAGAGAGUGCAUGCUGUGGCAAGAAACAACAUCGACAAAUGCAAUAAUAUAAUAAGGAAUGCCAUAGUAACAAAGGUGCUUGAAGACUUGGAGCGAGGGUCGGGCACAAAGACGAGCCACAGCGAUCUACAUAUGUUGCAAAUAGCUCCUGAUGUUGAACCCACACACAUUGAGCCGAUAAAACAGACCGAGUAUCAGGAGGUGAAAGAGAAGCUCUCGAAGAUACAGAAAAAGCAGCCUGAUAAGAAGUUGGAGCAUAUUUUGGGAAAAUGGGGCGUAAUUCUGAGAGAACUAGAGGGAUACAUAAAUUUAGAUGGUAGGAGCAGCGAGAAUGAGGACAGAGAGAUAGAUGAACAGAAGGCACCUCUUUCUUUGAUCGAAGAGAUUGUUCUGUACAUUGUGAAUUCAACAAAUCCUGAUAUGCUCGCCGAAAAUAUGUGCCAAAAUAUUAUAUCGUUCCUCUUAAGAACGAAUGACGAGGUAAACAUGGAGCUUAUGUUCUACUUCCUCAAGAGAUUAUUCAGUUUUUCGUUUAAGUGCCAGUGCGAAGUGUCAUCUUGGCUUAUCUACUCUAACGAUGACAGGAAGUUUAACAUCAAGCUGUAUGUCGGUUUUAUCAAGCACAACCUGAUUAGAUUGCAAGAGCUUGACCAGUAUUUUUCGCAGAAAAUCAGGGACGAUCGGUACUUAAAUUUUAUUGUGGCUCUACUCAACCAGCUUAAUAUGCCAUAUGAAUUUAUAAACACCAUAGAAGCGAUAUCGAAGUUGAACGAAGAAAAGUAUGAGAGCCGAAUUUAUAACAUGCUUAAAGAGGUUAGUAACAUCACCUUCUACAAUCACAAGGAGUUAUCUGGUUCUAAUCUGUUCGAUGAAUACGUCAAAAUCAUGAAAUAUUCCUUCAGUCCUGAGAAGUACUUUGGAACAUUCUUUAAUGUUCUUAACGAAAAGGUGAAGGAGCCCCGGUCUUUCAUUGUGAAGUGCUUCAUAAUUUCGUGGGACCAUUUUGUAAGAUUUUACAAAAUACCGAGCGGGUUUAAAAAUCUUAAAAUCAAUUGCUUGCCUAUGCUACUGAGGGAGUACAAUCCAAACUUGGGCAUGGAGGUUGCCCUUGAACUGUUCUUCAAUUCAUUGGAUCGAAAAAAUUUUCUGUUCCAGAAGAUGUUUUUGCAAUUCCUUGGAACGAGCGGAAGCAUCACGCUCGAGGUUUUACAUCUGUUAGUGCCCAGGAACGCACCACAUUUCUGCCUCAAUUUCAUAAAACUCUGUAAAUACUUUAUCACCGACUUCGUACAAAUGAAAAGGGAGGGCAGUUGUUUUGAUGGUUUUAAGAUCUGUAAGGAGCUUUUGUAUCCGUUGAAAUACUACCGUGAAGAAUGCAAUUUAAUUCUGAGUGAAAUCCAGGACUUUUUCAAACAUAUUGAAAUUUUGACCAGAGAAAACGAUGUAAAUGAGACUGCUGGAACCAAGAGCGCAGUUUCUGGCGGCGUAACAGAAAAUGCGGCACAAAAGAAAGCAAGCGCUAGACAAACAGACGUGUUUAUACAGAGGAAUAUAAAUUAUAGCCUAUUUUACGAUAUCGGAGAUUUUUUCAACAACAGGUUGAGAAACAACAAUUUUGUAAUGCUCAAAAACCUGUUCAACAAGAGGAAACGCCGAAUUUACAGCAAAUCAUACGAUUUUUCCACGAUAGACAACACCUAUAAAUCAAUCAUAAAUUAUUCAGGCGAUAACUUGGUCAACAUUCUGCUCAUGAACAGUGUACGAAAGGAUGUAGCUAUAACGGCACUUGUAGAUAAUCUUUCGGAUGAAAAUCCGCAGGGCUACGAAGAAAACUGCAGGGCCUUGCUUUGUCUUUCAGAAAACGAUGAUUGGUCUGAGAAUCUACUCGGUUUAAUCUUCUACAGAGUGCUUGGAAGUAAUCCACCAUACUUGCUUGCGAAGGUUUGCAAGGAACUGAUGUGUAAAGAAAACGCGAAGAUUGGUAGCGGUGUAAAGGAAAGGGUGAGUGAUGUUGUUAAAGGUGUCAACUAAGUAGAUAUUUAUAUUUUCAAUAAACGCUGACCAUUAGUAGGU